AUGCUGAAGUCAUCGAAGAAGAAGGAGGGCAAGGAGAAGCCGGAACAAGGCACCUCGGCUGAGGGCGACAAAGGCAAGAAAGGCGAUGACGGCAAAGACGGCAGCAAGCGUCCGGUCAUCCCAUCGAUUCGAACCGAAGACUGCUCUAGCUCUUCGGGCGCUGAUGCUGGCCCGCCGGUAACUGCUCUGAAGCGCACUUCUUAUGGGGGAGGGCCCACGCUGCCGCGUCGGGAUCGGCGGCAAUCGAGCAGCUUGUUCGCCAUCUCGCAGAAUCGGGAGAUCCAGUCGUUGCCGGACAUCAACACGGCUGCCCCCGCUGAUGCCGAGCCUCUCUUCAUCCAAAAGCUGCGCCAAUGUUCCGUGGUUUUCGACUUCACCGACCCCUUGUCGGAUAUCAAAUUCAAGGAGGUGAAACGUGGCGCUCUGAACGAAUUGAUCGGCUACAUCACGACGAAGCGCCAAGUUAUCACUGAAAGUAUCUACCCAGAAGCCGUCAACAUGUUCUUCGUCAACAUCUUUCGCUCCCUGCCGCCGCCGACCAACCCGAGCGGCGCCGAAUACGAUCCGGAUGAGGAUGAGCCGAAUCUGGAGGCGGCCUGGCCGCAUCUCCAGCUCGUUUACGAGUUCUUCCUUCGGUUCCUCGAAUCGCCCGACUUUGUUCCGGCGUUCGGAAAGAAGUACAUCGACCAGAAGUUUCUCGUCAAGCUCCUUGCGAUCAUGGAUUCCGAAGACCCUCGCGAACGCGACUUCUUGAAGACUACUUUGCACCGAAUUUACGGCAAAUUCUUGAACCACCGUGCUUUCAUCCGCAAGACUAUCAACAACAUAUUUUACUCGUUCAUCUAUGAGACGGAGCGGCACAACGGAAUCGCCGAGUUGCUCGAGAUCUUGGGUUCUAUCAUCAACGGUUUCGCGGUCCCAUUGAAGGAAGAGCACAAGCUUUUCCUGCUUCGCGUCCUGCUUCCAUUGCACAAGACAAAGGCCAUGAACGUCUACCACCCGCAGCUUGCCUACUGCGUUGUUCAAUUCCUCGAAAAGGAUCCUGCGCUGACCGAGCCCGUCGUCCAUGGUUUGCUUCGGUUCUGGCCCAAGGUCCGCAGUCCGAAAGAGAUUCUCUUUUUGACUGAAGUCGAAGAGAUUCUCGAGAUCAUCGACCCGGACCAGUUCAAGAAGGUGAUGCGUCCGCUUUUCACCCGGACGAUCCACGGGCUUAUCUACAAUGCGCUGAAAUCUUUGAUGGAGGGCAACCAACGUCUUUUCGACGAGUGCACGAAGAACUACGCCAAGCUUCGAGCCCAAGAGCGAGAAGCUCGUGUCAGGACCGACGAAAAAUGGCAGCUCAUCGAGAAGGCGGCUCGUGGGAACCCUGUGUGGCAAGAGGUCACGGACACCUUCCCCGACGAGCUUCGCGCCCAGUUCGAGCAGCUCGCCUUGGACGAGGAGCCGGAGCAGCGGUCACAGCCCGUUGACCCCAGUGUCGACUUGUCGCAGGAGACGUCGGCCGAGAAGGACAGCAGUUUUUAUCAGAAAAAGAGCGAGGUCCCGCCGGAUGUUUUGACGGAGCGAGCCCUCGACGAGCAUCAGCGCCACGAUCCGUACCUCCGGCCGGUUGACAAUGAAGAAGUCGCGAAUUUCGAGAUGAUCACCAAGGUGCUCUUCCGCGAGAAGCGGCACGACCCCGAGGAUUGUGUCCUGCUGCUCGACAAGUAUCGUGUGCGCCUGCUCGAAACGAAGACGGUCCCAAUCUACGAGGACUCACCCGCCUACGUUGCAGCCAACCCAGCGAUUCUGGUCGUCGACUUUCCAAGGGCCAAACUGGAUGACAGCUGUUCUUCUGCUCGCAGAACCAGUCAAGACUCUGAUAGCUCGGAUGACGACGAAAAUGGCCCGCUUCACUUCUCGUUCCUGACCCUCGACAAGCUCGAGAAACAAUGCGAGGGACAGACUAGCAAGUUGGCGGCGCUGCUUGCGCGCAACUACUCGCCGUGUGUGCGGUCAUUUGAUGCCGUACCGGUCCCUACGCAGCAGGCCGCGACUUUGCGACAAUUGUUGAUCAACAAAGCCGCCGACUUUUUUGAGCAAUCCCUCAGCCGUCUGCCUAUUGUCAUAGUGGUUGACGGCCGGGAUAUGCUCGCCGCCACCUAUUUCGGAGUGCAGCGCCUUCCUGGUGAUCGGAUCUCCACAUCGAACACGCGCUUUUUGGGACCCGCAUCAAAAGAUGUCGAGGCUUUACUCGAUGAUACGAAGGCCAGAUACAAGGGGCGACGCACAAAGGCUAAACAUGUCGUGACUUACGAGUUGCUACCAGAAUGGCAUCGCAAGCGGGUCGUUCGUACUGCCGCCAUUUCGAUCACGUUUUCUUGGGAUGGAGAUGAGGUUCGCUGCCUUGGGAAGGUGCCCGCUGAUGCCAUGGGCACAAUGUCGAUUACCCCAGGCUGGAAAGACAAUCGUGUCUGCCUUUUCGGGAUCAGCAAUGAAUUGGAGCAGCUGCUGAACAUAUGCGAUACCCUGCGGGCGAACGACAUCACACAAAUGAAAUGGCCGAAAGAAGACGCAUCAAAUGAUGAGAUGGUGAUCGCCGCAGACGUUCAGAAGGUCGUUGAAGACUGUCGCGAGUUUGCUAGGCGCAAUGGCUCUGACCAGGGACAUAUGCGUUUCCUCGACAUGACCGAGCAGCUCUGGGGCGUCUACCGGCGCUGCGAAUCGUCCCAACAGCUAGCCCGGGCCAUUCGACUUCUCUUCGACUCGUUGGCCGCCGGCAUGGCAAAUACCAUUGUCCAUCAAGAAAACAAAACGACUCUGGCGCGCCUGAUCCGGGAUGCGUGCCGUAACGAGCUGAUGCUGCCGCGCCUCGAGGGGUUGAUCCCGAUCCAAAUUUUGGCGGAAAUCGGUGCUGAAAAGCUGUCACGGGAAAUUCAGGAAAUUUGCAAGCGCAACGACCUGGUCCGGGAAGAGGAGACUAUUAUCCAACACCUCACCGCCGGCUUCAAGCAAACGGCUCCUAUUGAAGAACGCGCACCAGGCCUCAAGAACCUUCUUCUCGCCGUGCAGACAAUGCAGCUGAUGAAGCAAUACAUGAACCCCAGCGGCCAAUUCAAGAUGUAUGAGCACGGGCAGCGAGUCCUCGAAUUCUUCGCCAAGACCCCGACCGACCAGCUCGAUGCCGCCACGUUCUCUUCGCAGCACUGCUUCGUCGACUUUGCGUCGAACGUCUUUGAAGUGUACAUGCCGUCGACAUGGUCCGCAGAACAUUGGUAUUGGUGUGGCGGUGACCGAGAGAUCCAUACAAUCACCCACUAUACUCGCCAUUCGCGUCUGGAACACCUGCAGAUGCUAUGCUUCAACGAGAAGCUUGACGAGCAGGAGGACCAGCCCAUGGAAGAAGAAGUCAAACAAGAGGUCCUCUCCCCGGUCAAGAAACGCCUCCGCGCGGAAAGUUCGUCGGCGAAGAGACAGGACGCGUCUGAUGCCAAAUACUCUUGCACCCUGACCACGAUCUCGACCACCAUGGAUUUACACGCCGAGAGGAAUAAUACCUUCGCGCAAGAGUACUUUGGCUUUUCGCCCGCAGGAUUGACGGAUAGCGUCCACAAUAUUGUUAUCGAAAGAUGGGGCCAGCUUGUUGACGGCGUUUUGAACGACCCUGCCCUACCAGCGGAAAUGAAGAAUUCGGACACCAGGUCGGCUCUUGCAACUCUACUCAACAAGAACAACGUUUUCAAGCAAGCACUGGAUUGUUUUGAUGAACGACUGCGCAAAUACAUCAUGCGAAUCCCGGAUGAAGUGACUUUGCCAGAGCACCUCGACAAUCUGGAGCUUCCGGAAGGCUACAGUUUGAAGGCGGUUGAGCGAGAAAUUGCGGCGCUGGAGCAGGAGUUGAUAGAGAAACGGAUCACCGUGGCCAAACAACGAGCUGAAGAGCGGGACAUCAACGACAGCGCGCAGAUUCUGGCGGCGAUGUACGCGCGUAUUGCUGGCGACGAUGACGAAACGGCUUCGUAUCUGAGCACGACACUCGGUAACCUGACGAUAAGCAAGAGCAACCUCGAAGACCCGACGGAUGGUGAAAUGGCCGACGAAGCCGAC